AUGAAAUUGUUAUUAUUACUUGUGUCGGCAAUAGUUGCGGCCACAGUGCAGCCGCAUAACAGCACCCCUUCAUCCGAGUGCGAGACAUACAAUGGUGUGGCCGACGUAGCCGUGCGCUCGGGUCACCACUUCAAAGGCCUCGCCUUCACUGCGGAUGCACUCAAACAUCGACGCGUUAUACUCAUAGGUCAACAGAAAGAGCAGAUCUUUCUUCUCGCCCUACGGUUUGAAUGUCAGCCGCAUAACAGCACCCCUACAUCCAAGUGCGAGACAUACAAGUCAUGUGUUGAGUGCCGUAUCCAUCAAAGCGGACCGUUAGACGAAUGGGCGUGCAAUAGAUGUGACAUAAACCCGAUCGGCACCUCUGAGUUUGGGGUGUGGGACGGGGAACACCUCUGUGUCUACAUUGACAAUAAUGACUGCAAAUAUCAAUUCAAAUAUAAAUACGAAGAGAAAGAGGAUCUCAAUUACGUGAUCGCAGACAACUUCAAGGAAUGCCCGGAACCAGUGGACCUCGUGUUGGUCAUCUUACUGUUAGUUUUGGUGUUGGCUAUAGUUGUGGCCAACGCUCUGCCGCACAGCAGCCCUUCAAACAAAGAGAUUGAGAGCCAAUGGCAACAGUUUCUGACUGAAUUCCGAAGCAAUGAAUUGCAAUCAUUUGAUGAGUUGUCGGCGAGAAGAGAGACAUUUGAGGCCAACUAUCGGCUGAUUGUUAAGCAUAACUACGAGGCGGACAAUGGGUUGCAUUCAUACCGAUUGGGUGUCAAUCAGUUCGCAGACAUGACUGGCGAUGAAUACGAGCAAAAAUACUUGGGAUUUAUGCCAAACUUUGCCGGCAUUAAUACAACCUCAAGUGGUAGAGUGUCCACAAACGCUCAAGAUAUUCCCGAGUCUAUUGACUGGUUAGCAAAAGGAAAAGUUACCGGUGUUAAGGAUCAGGCUCAUUGCGGAGGCUGUUGGGCAUUCUCCACCACCGCCGGAAUCGAGUCGCAAAUCGCCAUCAACUCUGGCAAACUGGUCACCCUAUCCGAGGAGAAUCUCAUCGACUGUUCGCGAACGGGCAAUAAGGGCUGCGGCGGCGGUAAUAUGGUCUACGCCUACGACUAUAUCAUCAAAAACGGUGGCAUCGACUCAGAGCCCAGCUAUCCGUACUCGUCGGCCAUCAACACCACAGACCACCCGUGCGUUUACAAAGCGGCCUCAAAACUGGCCACACUGGAGGACUACGAAUAUAAGGCACCGGGCAGUGAGUCGGACCUCACGGCACAGGUGGCCAAUGUUGGGCCCAUUUCGGUAGGUUUCGAUGCCUCCCAGAAAACCAAAAUCAGGUUAUAUAAGUCGGGCGUCUAUUCCGACCCCAACUGCUCGUCAACUGUACUCAACCACGCGGUGACUGUCGUCGGUUACGGUAAUGAAAACGGCAAAGACUUUUAUUUGGUGAAGAACUCGUGGGGAACCGCUUUUGGUAAUAAGGGUUACUUCAAAUUGGCCCGAAAUGCGGGCAAUAUGUGCGGUGUGGCCACGUUUUACAGUUGGCCCACGGGUGUCAAACUAGUUCAAUAA